CAAGGAGGAAGAAUAAAGCUGAUUAGUGGAAGAAAAAUGGGAGAUGAUGGCAGGGCCUGUAGGAAGUGGGAGGAAGAAAUUUACUGGUCCCAUUUUCAGUCAGCUCAGUUCUUUCAAACUCUCUCUGGCCGUAAUUAUCGAAACCAACUUGCUAUUCCCCAAAAAUUUGCCAACAAUUUGAAAGAGAAGCUAGUAGGAGCCGUUUCACUCAAAGGUCCUAGUGGCCUUGAAUGGAAGGCUGGAUUAACAAUGAUUGAUGAUACACUGUAUUUGAAAGAAGGAUGGAAAAAGUUUGUUGUAGAUCACUCUCUGAAGGAAAAUGAUGUCUUAAUUUUUAAGUACGUUGGGGCUUCGCGAUUUGAUGUUUUGAUGUUUGACUAUCAAAGCUUAUGCGAGAAAGAGAGUUCUUAUUUCAUAAAAAGAUGCGAGAAUGGAGGGACCGAUGGUGGAUGCAAAAGAAAGGAUAAUCCUACAGAAACUAUUGAGGUUACUAAUGAAGCUUCACACGACGUUUCUGAGUCUACCCCAUCAAAAAGACCUAGAAAGCAUGGUGCUUUGCCGCCAAGGUCUCGAGGACGGCAACGGGGAACAUGUAGUUCCAUCAAUCGGAGUGUUUUUUCUGGCCCGGCGUCGCACAGGAGGCAAGUGACUGAGGAAGAUAAAGAUGAGGCCCUAAAGAUGGCAUGUGCAUCAGCAUCUGAAAACUCCUUUAUAGUUGUCAUGCGGCCGACACAUGUUUACAGGGGAUUUUAUCUGCAAAUUCCUUCUGAAUGGGCAACGAAAUAUAUGCCGAACAGAAGCCAAGAUCUUACACUCCAAGUGAAAGACAAAACUUGGAAGGUGAGGUUCUAUAAGAGGGAUUAUCGUACAGGUGGACUGGCGGGCGGUUGGAAAAGAUUUGUACAUGAAAAUUUCCUUGAAGAAUUCGAUGUGUGUCUGUUCAACCUUGUGACCGGAGCAGCAACAGAUGACAUAGUAAUGGACGUCAGCAUCUUCAAAGUGGUAGAGGGUGUGAUUCCGGUUACUCGGCUGCCUCCGAUCAAUCUGAAGGGUAGGAAGCCCAUGAAGAUAUGAGGGCAAGAAUUAAGAAGGGCAUUAACGUUUUGAGCUUGGAAGUUGGGUUUGGCUAUGCUUAGAUGUGUUUAAUGCACCUGGAUGUAAUGCAGGCCUUUAUUUUGAAGUAUUUUCAGAUCCGUUUAAUGGUUUUUGCUUUUGCAGUGACUUCUGUAAGAGAGAGGGUAAAACUCUUCCAUCCUUUUUCUUGUGUGUGCUUUUUAAUCCAUUUUGAAACAAAAUAUGCUGUAUAUUCUCUAGAACUUUACUCUUCAUGCGUGUAGUCAUCCUUUUCUUAUCCUUUCCUAGCAGCUUGUAUGGUUGGAUCAAAUGGACUCCCAGGUUAAUUCUCCAUUA